UCCGUAUAUAUUUAUUCUUCUACUUGCUAUUAUUACUGGUUCGGACUCGCAGCCCCGACGUUUCGGUAUUCUCGGCCCCGAGAGCCCAGAUAUGGCGAUGAGCGUCGAUCAUCGGGGAUAGCUUGAUACCCAAUAUCUGCAUAGCUCUGAUAUGAUCCUGGUUUACUAACUGUGCCAGUCAUGUCGAACAUCCGGAGAUAGGGCACCCGAGGCACGCAGCAGGCCAAUUUUAAAUACUGAAACAAACGUCCCAUUUCUUAACUCCUACUAUCUCGUUAAACCCCCCCCCCCUCUCUGUUCACCUUCACCAUGGUCCGUUGCGGUGGCCGAAGUCGCGGGUGUAUGGCCUGCCGCAAACGCAAGAUCAAGUGCGACGAGAGCCAACCGGUAUGCUCACAGUGUCGACGAACCCGACGAGAAUGCUCUGGUGCGAUAGUCGGUCCUGUCUUCUUGAAGGUUGAUCCACGCGGCUCUCCCAGGAAACAACGGCGGAGUGAACCGCAGACGCAGAAGAGACUGUGCCAGUUGGUUCUGGGACCUUCCGGCGGCGGCGGCGGAGGUGGCAGCGACAGCAGCAUAGCGGGACACCCUAAUAGCGGUUCUGUUCUCUGUGAAGAGCAGCUGGUAGCGUCCCUGGCAGGUUUCUUCGGCAGAUGUGCUGCGAACAAGACUCGAGACACCUCGUGGUUAACGCUGUGCUGUCGCGAGGCUCUCACCCAGUCGCCCGUCAAUAAUGAGCACAUGCACACCUCGGUUCUCGCAGCGGCCCUGGCGCUGCACGGCAUCAAGGCAAACAACCCUGCUGCGCUGGCCGAGUCACGCCGGUGGUACCUGCGUGGAAUCCAGCAUCAGCGGUCAAAAGUGCAGGUCUGGAGCAGCGAACCACGGCCCACGGUGACUGUUCAUGAUGUCGCAUUGCCUAUCAUUCUCGGUUACUACGAGGCGCUGUUGCCGACGUCAAGCAAGGCCUGGGACCAGCAUAUCACUGCAGCCGCUACCCUGUUACAACUUGCUGGUCCAGAGGCGUGUCAGAAAGGGUGGUUCAGGCAACUCUUCCUCUCUGUCCGGAUUCAUAUGGUUUCUGUAUCUCUGAGGCAAUGGACGCCGUCUAUCAUUGCAACCGAUGAAUGGAUCAAUGUGCCAUACCGUCAGAUCCCCAAGGGUCCUCUAGAUCGUGUUGUCGACCUCCUUUUGAAGCUUCCGUGCAUUCUCGGCCCUUCAGCAACGGAUUCGGCGCAGGACCAAACCUCCCUUUUAUGGAUUAUACGCAAUCUCUCUGAUUUGUGGGACACGAUCCUUCAGUUCUAUCCUCAUCUUCGCGCGGGGGAUUGUCCAGACACAAUCCAACCUGCUGGUAUGGCUGCGUAUGUUAUUGGAACGACGGAGUUUCUAGAACCUCCAGCAGCCAUCACUAUUGCCUUUUACAGCCUUGCCUGGAUUACGGUUCUUGCACGACUCCCUCAGGGGUUGUCGUAUGAGCAGCUGAUCACGGCGCAUUGCAAUGCCAUCCUGACGGCUGCUGCAUAUAUCGGUAGCAUCAAAGAUGGAUGUAGCUGCAUCCGACUGAUCUACUCUCUACAGAAAGUCAUUUCUUGCAGUCCCAGUGAGCGCCAGGCUCGUGAGGCGGAGUCGUAUAUACACAACUGGGGGUUGCUUCAGACAUUUCAAACUCAUGGCGGUUGACUUGGGAGAAGAUGGGGAUUCCUUUGGGUGCCUUUUAGAUUGUUAUCUUUUGUGGGAGAAUUAGAAGUGCUAGUAUUAGGCCUGCUACAAUGUACAAUCAGAUUUCAGCUAUACUAGUUCAAGACCUUGCUAUGGAUUAUCACUGUUCAAGUUGUGUUGCCUAUAUCCAGCUCUGCUAAAUACGGUAUCUACUGAUCAAUAAAUCGAC